AUUAAAUUUAACACAUAUAUUAGCACUUUUUUUUUUAAGCGCAGUCAGAGUCCACGGCUAUGGUGUACCAUGCGACGCAAGAGCAACAUGUGGAUAAGGUCGGGGGUGGCGGUAUUCGUCGUCUUCUUCGUCUGGCUGCAGCUCAAUUUCUUGAGUUACAGCGGGUCCGCGGACACAGCCGAUCUAAACGAGUCUGCGACCAUCUUCAGCAUGGUGCCAUCCGUUUUGCACAAGUUUCUCACCCCGAGGCCUCGCAACGUUUCAAAUAUAAAUGGCAGCGCCACCAACGCCACGUAUCGAACGUCGCUCAACAUCACCGAAAUCAAGAAGUUCAUCGCACAAUGCAACUUGCAGCAAACCAUUUACAACGAAGAUCUAUUCGGACCAUUACAAAAUGAUUCUGUUAUUAUUAUUGUUCAGGUACAUGAUCGAAUAACGUAUUUAAGACACCUAAUUGUUAGUUUAGCACAAGCUCAAGACAUUUCGCAAGCCUUAUUGAUAUUCUCCCACGACAUUUUUGAUGAAGAAAUUAAUAGUUUGGUCCAAAGCAUCGAUUUUUGCAAGGUGAUGCAGGUGUUUUAUCCGUUUUCGAUACAGACGCACCCCAACGAAUUUCCCGGGGAAGAUCCUAACGAUUGUUCACGAAAUUUAAAACGAGACGAGGCGUUGGUUCAGAAAUGCAAUAACGCUCCUUAUCCCGAUCUUUAUGGACAUUAUCGAGAAGCGAAAUUCACGCAGACGAAACACCAUUGGUGGUGGAAAGCCAACAGGGUGUUUAAUCAGCUUGAAGUUACCAGGAACCAUACUGGGUUGGUCGUUUUUUUAGAAGAGGAUCAUUUUGUCGCACAGGAUUUUAUACAUGUUCUUAAAUUAAUGGAUAACACUUGCAAGACUUCGUGUCCACAAUGUAACAUACUUUCUUUGGGAACUUACUUGAAGACGUUUUCUUAUUACGCUGACUCAAAGAAGAAGGAACUGUUGCGCGCGAUUAAGCAACAAGCAACGGUAAACGUGAUGCAACCGUCGUGGACUUUUCAAGUGUUACCUUCGCUUUACCAGCACACUCAGAAGGUUGAAAUCACGCCGUGGAUAAGCAGUAAACACAACAUGGGGAUGGCGUUUAAUAGAACGACGUGGAAUCUCAUCAGAAAUUGCUCCGAGUUCUUUUGCAAGUACGAUGAUUAUAAUUGGGAUUGGUCUCUACAACACGUUUCGCAGUAUUGCUUAAAACAACGGUUGCAUGCUAUGGUGAUUAGAGGACCUAGAGUUUUUCACAUUGGGGAAUGUGGCGUUCAUCACAAAAAAAAUAAUUGCGAGUCAACAGGAGUUAUAUCGAAGGUGCAAAAGGUGCUGAAAUCGGCGAAAAAUCACCUCUUCCCAAGUUAUCUUACUUUGACUUAUGUGACGCCAUUAAAAAAGACGAAAAUACGUAAAGGGAACGGUGGUUGGGGAGACCGUCGUGAUCAUAUGUUGUGUAUAGGGAUGACAGCGAGAUAGUCAACUUUUAACUCACCGAACGUUACCCGUCUAGUCGAAUCGAAGCGAAAUUUCGCCGAUAGUGUCAUAUUUUUCUCCGUACUACGCAUCGCCUGGGACCUGAUAAAACAUGAUAAAACAUUGUAACCCCCGUACUUACCAAAACAUCACUUCAGUUUAGGUCUGUUCUUCGGAAGGCGUAACAAAACUAGCGUACGACUAUUUGAAAUCUAGUCAAUUGUUUUUAUAUCGAUUUUUAGUUUUCUUUUCUGUUUUGUUAUAGGUUUAUUUUUCAGUUAAAGUUUGAGAGAUAUGUGAUCGUCAUAUCAUGUACUGAGCGUUUUUUUUUUAAUUCCAGUUAUUGACCGUAAAGCCUAAUUACUGUAAAGAAGAAAACUAAUAAGCUAAGUACAUAAUGUCCAAAAUCAUACCAGAGAAUUGUUACCUUAAACCUAAUAUUACUAAAGAUGAAAAUAUAAAAACUAGUAUGUACAUAAUUUUUUACAUACUUUCAUAUAAUCGUAUUAAGUAAAAGAUCAAGAAAGCUUGGAUUGUGAUAUAUACGUAGUUAUAGUAUUUUUGUGUUGUUACUUUUUUUCAUUACGAUUUUGUUCGAAUAUACAUCGAGGGAUUACUCAAUAAAAUGUUGAAUCCUGUAAAGAUAACAUCGAUAAGACAUUAUUUGUAAAUUACGGCCGAUGGACGUUUUAUUGAGGCACUAAUUAAUUAUACUUAAUGACUCAAAGAAUUAAUUACUAAUUAUUUUAUUAAAUCGCCAAAAACAAUCUUUGGGUCAUUCUGUAUAUAGCUUUAAGUCAUAUAAUAUAUGUAACAUAAAUCUAUAUGAUGAUAAAUUAGUUAUAUUUGUAGAAGCUAAUUAAAGGAAUUUAUUCACAAACAAAAGUAGUGUUUCGGCCUAAAGAAUUUUGUUUUGUACUUAAGGGGAGCUUUUUGCGGCUCUCCUUAGUCACAUGCAUGUUACGAACGUAUACAUUAGAUUUGUAUAAAGCUCGAUAUAGAUAUUAGUGGGGAUAUAUUGUAUAUUUUUCGAAAUGGUUUCGCUUUUUUACAUUGGUAGCAGUUCUGCACAACGCGUCUCGUUCGGACGUUUGGGACGUACUUAAAAUUUAGCAUAUCUUCGUAAACUGAUUACGACAUUUUUUACGUGUACGAUAAUUCCAGUCUAUGUAAUAUAAAAAAGUUUCAAAAGUAAAAAUUUAUUAUAAGGAUAAAAUAAA